UAUGUAAUGCAGAAGAAGAACACUGAUGGCGGAAAUGUCUGGAGAUUUUAAUGGCCUGUGAAAGACGGAGACGCGUUUAAGGCAGCAGCAGCUUUUCCACCUUCAUGACCAGAUCUCACAAUGGUCCAGAAAAGGAGAGGUGAUGCCCGGACUCCUGUGCCCGGUCCAUCUGACACACGGCCGUCUGGUUCUCACACACAUUCCUCGAGUGGGAUCCCUCUUCACACACACUCUUCCAGCACUUCCAGAUGUCAUGGAUAUCUACAGAGCGGAAAGCACAGCAUCUGCAUGGUGUCUGACUUUUUUUACCCCAACAUGGGUGGCGUGGAGAGCCACAUCUACCAGCUCUCGCAGUGUCUCAUAGAGAAGGGCCAUAAGGUGGUGAUAGUAACACACGCCUACGGCAACCGUCGUGGAGUACGGUAUCUCACCAAUGGACUGAAGGUGUAUUACCUUCCACUGCAGGUGAUGUAUAACCAAUCCACAUCCACCACCUGCUUCCACAGCCUACCCCUGCUCAGGUGUGUGUUUGUGCGUGAGCGUAUCACUGUGGUCCAUGCACACAGCUCCUUCUCAGCCAUGGCCCAUGAUGCUCUCUUCCAUGCCAAGACAAUGGGUCUCAACACCGUAUUCACGGACCACUCGCUCUUCGGAUUCGCUGACCUCAGCUCCGUGCUGACCAAUAAACUGCUAACUGUGUCUUUGUGCGACACCAACCACAUUGUUUGUGUGUCCUACACCAGCAAAGAGAAUACUGUGCUGAGGGCUGCACUUGAUCCCGACAUCGUCUCUGUCAUUCCUAAUGCGGUCGACCCCACCGAUUUCACACCUGAUCCCAUUCGCCGUGAUGACAGCAAAAUAACUAUCGUCGUAGUAAGCCGAUUGGUCUACAGGAAAGGAAUUGACCUGCUAGGUGGAAUCAUUCCAGAGCUGUGUGCCAAACAUCCAGAUCUCUGCUUUCUGAUUGGUGGAGAAGGUCCUAAACGUCUUGUUCUGGAAGAAGUUAGAGAAAAAUAUCAACUUCAUGAUAGGGUGCGUCUUCUGGGAGCUCUUGAUCACAAAGACGUACGAGACGUGCUGGUGCAAGGCCAUAUCUUCCUGAACACAUCACUAACUGAAGCCUUCUGCAUGGCCAUAGUCGAGGGAGCCAGCUGUGGAUUGCAGGUGGUUAGCACACGUGUUGGAGGCAUACCAGAGGUUCUCCCUGAUGAGUUGGUGACAUUGUGUGAGCCGACAGUUAGCUCCCUUUGUGAUGGCUUGGAAAAGGUUAUUGCCAGGCAACGUGCAGGCAAAGUGCCCUCUCCUACAGCAAUCCACCGCCAGGUCCAAACUCUCUACACUUGGAGAAAUGUUGCUGAACGCACAGAAAAGGUAUAUGACCGUGCUUGCAAGCAGCCUGUCCUGCCGUUACCUGCUCGACUGCGGAGGCUGCGCUCUCACUGUGGCGCUGUCGCUGGCUCUAUAUUCUCCUUUGUGGCUGUCAUCAACUUCCUGUUCCUGCUAUACCUGCAGUGGCUCUGCCCCAACGACCUCAUUGAUGUUGCAGUGGAUGCAUCUGGACCAGAUGGUCAUUGGGGGCGGGACUUUGGGAAGAAAGAACCUAAAGACCCGAACGCAGCACAGCAUGCUCUUCGGGAUAAAAGACGGUUGAAGUGUUAGUGUGGAUAGGAUUUAGCUUCUGUUGGUUGUGGUUACAUUUUAAUCUCCAGAGAUUUUAAAUAAGUGCACUAAAUUUAUCUGUUUACAUUCCAGUAAGGGGGCAUCUGAUCUAACUGUGAUGUACUCUAUUCCACAAAAAUUCUGUAGUGGUUAAGAUCUUGAUCAAGCAUCCGUCCUUAUUUAUUAACAAACCAUAACCUGUUGUUUUUGUAAAUACACUCACUCACUGUCUAUACCGCUUUAUCCUCUAUACAGCGCUGGAGGGGGGUUUAGGUUGGGGCUGGAGCCUAUCCCAGGAGACGGGACCUUGAGGCAGAUUACCAAGCCAUCGCUAGGCACACACAUAUACACACACACAUGCACAUUCACACACUACGGCCAAUUUGGGAACAGCAUUUAGACUGAUCGGUAUGUCUUCAGACCAUGGGAAAAGCGGCGUACCCCGAGGAACCAAGCACAGAAAGAAAAUGCAAACUCCAUGCACACAGACCUGAGGCAGAAAUCGAACCCAUCCCUGAAAGUGCAAGGCGACAGUGCCAACCACUAAGCCACCGUGCUGCCUGUUGUACAUAUAGUUUUGUUUUUCAGUCAGUAAUAAAUGGUGCAGAAUUCACUACUA